CAUACAGAGCACAGGCAAGGACAAGCAAGUUACAGUGCAUGUCAGUACGGGGAAGAGUUGGGAGAGUCUGCUGCUUCCCAGUCACCUCUGGCUCCUUGUGAAAGCUGUAGCAAUGCAGGCAGAGUCAGGAAUCGUGGCGGAUUUCGAUGCCGGCGAAGACUUUCAUGAAGAGCCAAAGACCUAUUACGAGCUGAAAAGUCAGCCUUUAAAUUACAGCAGCUCAGCAGAGCAUCCAGGAGCUUCCAAGCCUCCACUAAGCUCCUCCAACAUGACAUCACGGAUUCUGCUACGCCAGCAACUGAUGCGUGAGCAGAUGGAGGAGCAGGAGCGUCGUGAGCAGAAGCAGCAGGCAGCUCAGUUCAUGCAGCAGAGGGUACCAGCCAGUCACACACCAGCCAUCAACGUCUGCGUGUCCUCCAGCCUGCCCGCUCCUGCCCAGGUACCAAUGGAAGUUCUCAAGGUGCAGACUCACCUUGAAAAUCCUACAAAAUACCACAUCCAGCAAGCUCAGAAACAGCAGGUGCAACAAUACCUGACAACUGCCAAACAUCACAGCAAAGCACUAAGCUUGCCCUGUCCAAACCAGCCAGGGGACCAUAUCAUGCCACCAGGACCGGGAAACAGUGCGCCAAACAGUCCCAUGGCUAUGCUGACACUUAGUACCUGUGAGAAAGAGAUGGACGAUGUUAUUGAUGACAUCAUUAGCCUGGAAUCUAGUUAUAAUGAUGAAAUUCUCAUGAUGGAUCCUGGAAUGCAAAUGGCAAACACGAUGCCUGUGUCUGCUAAUAUGAUUGACAUGUAUGGAAAUCAAGGUAUGCCUCCUCCAGGGUUAAACAUCAGUAAUUCUUGUCCUGCUAAUCUUCCAAAUAUCAAAAGGGAGCUUACAGAGUCAGAAGCAAGGGCACUGGCUAAGGAAAGGCAAAAGAAAGACAAUCACAAUCUCAUUGAGCGAAGAAGAAGAUUCAACAUCAAUGAUCGUAUAAAAGAAUUAGGAACGCUAAUUCCAAAAUCAAAUGACCCAAAUGCUGGAGGCCCAGAUUGUGACCGUACCGAAACCUGGGAUAUGCGGUGGAACAAGGGAACAAUUUUGAAAGCCUCUGUGGAUUAUAUACGUAAACUACAACGAGAACAACAGCGAUCCAAGGAGCUUGAGAACAAACAGAAAAAGCUAGAACAUGCUAACAGGCAUCUGCUGCUUCGGAUACAGGAGCUUGAGAUGCAAGCUAGAGCCCAUGGACUUUCCAUCAUGCCUUCUACUGGUCUUUGUUCUGCUGAUUUGGUGAGUCGUGUCAUCAAGCAGGAGCCCAUGAUGGACAGCUGCAACCAAGAACUUUUGCAAAACCACCACAAUCUUUCUGGCACCACCACACUGGAUCUUACUGAUGGCACCAUCACUUUUAGCAACAACAUAAGGAACAUUACGGACUCUCCCACUGCCUACAGCAUGCCCACGAAGUUGGGCUCGAAACUGGAAGACAUGUUCAUGGACGACACUCUUUCUUCAAGAGUACAUGAUGCACUUCACUCAGUAUCUCCAGGGGCCUCCAAAGGAAACAGUAGGCGGAGCAGCAUCAGCAUGGAAGAAAAUGACCACCACUGUUAGCACUGGUUGAAGGCAACUUCUUACAGACUUUCAUAAAUUGUACUAUUUUGGAGUAGUAGAUUUCUAGAGGGUUCAUUUUCAUAGAAAUUGUGCUGUUUCAUCCAUAGGCCAGCACUUAAUGCUUUGUUUUUAUUUUUAGAAUUUUGUAAAGGUAUUUAUGUAUAGAACUACAGUACUUGCUUUGCCUCCAAAGUAUUGUGCACAAUAGGCAGGAUUGAAUCCAUUUGCAGGCAAAAUCGAUUGUGAAGUCAGAUCUGUUUAAACCCACAGCCAUCUAUCAAAAAUAAUGCACCUGUCUGUGCGGGAUUGGGCUUGCAAUGCACCAUACGUCAGUACCAAUAGGGCGAUGAAUGUAUACAAACCAAAUAUCUAUUUGCAGAAGAGUAGAUUCCGUAGAGCUGCCUUAAUAAUAGAAUUGUGGGGAAUUACUUAGGAUUUCUGAUUGUGGAAAAUGUUUGCAAAGAAGAGGAUGACAAACUCCGCAAUAGGUGCUUAGUACUAUCUUUCCAGUUUGCACAGUGUAACCAAGUAGCAUUUAUUAGUAGAGUUGUAACAAAAACUGGUAAAGGUCAGUUCAACCAAUUUUUUUUAGCUUUUUCCCUUUGCAGAAAUAACUCAGGAUUUAAACAAGUUUUAUUGUCUUAUUCAGGGUUAAUUGCUGUAAUUGCUACACUAAUGUAGUUCUCAAAGGUUCCAGGGAUAGUGUCUUGUUGGCAUGGAUCUUUAAUUCAGGAAAUCUCCCCAUGUUUGACCUCUGUUUGUCCAUCUUUUAGAUCGCAUAUUCUAUAAAACGUCACAAAUGGGUGGAGCUUUAGGCCAGAACUUUUAAAAAGACUACUCCUCUGAAAACUGAAGAUUCCACUUUGGGUGGAGUUCGUUAAAAAGUUGCUAAAAUAUUGAAUUGCUUAUUACUGAGUUCUGAUCCUUCUCCCUUUGGCAGUGCCAAUCCAACUAUGCAGUCCUGCUCAAACUAAAAACAGUUCUUUUAAAUUUCUUAAAAAUUGCUCAUUGUCAUGAAUAAAAAGCACAUGUUGGUGGAUCUUUGAUAACACAAGAUCUGUCGUACAGUAGGGGCGAGGAGAGAUUUGCUGGACCGUUAAAUGCAUCAGGGGAUUAACCAAAUCCUGAGUGUGAUGACUUAGUACUGCUGUUAAGUAACUAUUUGUAGUAUAACAGAACUUAUUGAACUCCCCCCGAAAUCUGACUUCAUAUUUUGAAAUCCCAUAAUGCAGGUGCUGAUAUUCCAGAAUUACAACCUGCUGUAUUCAGUUAGUGGAGAUAGUUUUUCUUUUAGAGGUUACCUGAAUAACUGAAAUUGUUCCUACGUAACUCUUAAACUGGCCAAUGUUAAUAGAUACUCAACCUCAAAUCCAGUUAUUUUUCCUGAUCAUACUGGAAAAUAUGGACUCUGAUAUGGGGACUACUUCCAAUGGUCAAAGAUUAGUUUUCACAUGAAAUUCAAUUAAAUAUUUUUGCUGGGAUAAUAUUUGUCUAGCUCAAAUGGAUAUCCAUGCCACAAUAAGCGUCUUAAUGAAAAAUAGAAGGAGAGGUAUUGGAUAUGAAGAGUGGAGAAGUAUUACUUGUCUCUGCUACACAGGCUCCAUUUAUUGAUGAACAGUGAAACACAAGGGUCUUGGAUAGUGAUCAUAUAAAUUAACUGCCAAAGAGACAAUUUCAGCUUUUUGCUCACUGGGAUUAUUAAAUUUCAGUAAAACCAUUUAAGGAAAAAAAUAACUCUAUACUCCUCUUUUAAUAGCUAAUUUAGAAAGUGUUUACUGCUCAAAGUAUUUUUCAGGUAUGUCUCUGCAAAAUGUAUUUGCCAAUCCCCUACAUUAGCUGUCUUAAGUUGACUGUUUGUUAAGAUGUAAAACAGUUUGAAAAGACAGGUCAUUUGACAAAAGGACCUUGGAGGCAGUUGUCAAGGAGAGGUAGUUGAGCUGAGACAAAAAGGACAAGACUAGAUAAUGAAGCGAGAGCUUCUCACUUGACAUUUUUAAUAGCAUUACAUCUGAAAAUGUUUUUGUUGAAUAUAUACAUAAAUAUUUUUGAGAGUGGCUAUCCCCUUUAACUUAAUUUUAUGACAAUGGAGAAAUAGAAUUUCAACCAGUCAACCAUGCUGUAGCUUGUAGUACUGCAUUGUUUUUUACAUUUCUCCAAACAAGUUCACUUAUUUUAAUAAUUAGCAAAUUUGUUUUAUUUUGUUUUAUAAUUGUGUGUUUAUUUGACAAAUUUUGGAGGGUCAAAAUGCACCAUUUAUAUUUUGCGGUUCAUAAAAAAUAUGCAUCUUAAAAGUUGUAACAUUUUUUCCAUCCUUUUCAGUGGUUUUUCUUCCUGUUUUGUAUGUAAAUCAUAACAGAGAUAUUAGGGAAUAUUUGUAUAUUCGUUUUUGGAAAUGCCAGAAAGAGUUUCUGAAUUUUUCGGAAUUAGUGCUUCUAGAUCUUUUUGCAAAAAAAUAAAUAAAUAAAAACUAUUUAUUUUUAGAGAUAUGUUGAACUUGUUUGAAAUCUGCAUUUUUUUUUUUAAUAUCCAGUGUUCCUUUUUUUGACAAUGUGAAUAAUAAAUGCAUUUUAUGCAAUUUAUUGUGGUCUUAUCAGAAGUUGUUCUACAGUAUAUGAAGGCUAGUAUGAUAACUGUUACUUAAUGAUUAUAAUAUACAACCAUGUUGUGAAGGUAGUUUUCAUGUAUUAAUUAUUCAUUUAGACCUAUGCAAUAACAGUAGUAAGUGCAUUUUGAUCAAAAUUAGAUAUGUUAGAGGGCUGUUGUAAUUUGUAACAAGCUGGGUAUACUGAAGCCUAAUUAUGUUUUUUUCACUGUAGUUGCAGUCUCUCCUCUUGUAGUAGUCAGACUACAGUCUCAUUCAGAAUGAAGUGCCUUAAACUAUAGUCUGUUUUGUUUGCACUGACUGAAGUGUGUCUUAGUUAAACCUUAUGGAUUAGUACAGUACAAAGGUGCCAAAUGUUCUUGUCAAAACUUAUAAGUGCUUCCGAAUUAUUGUAUUGAAUUUUAUUGUGUAAUUGUCCUGAUAUAGAGGUUGUGGCCGUUUUCAAGCAGCCACUUGUAGGUUUUUUUAAUGAAUGGUUCAGUUAAAGGCGGUAUUACCUUUCCAAAAGAGCAGUAGAUAAUGACACCUGAAAUGUGAAUACUUUAGGCAACUUUCUAAGGGCAAUUUUGUGGUGGGUGGAAACUACUGUGACAUAUCAGUCAACAAACCUAGCCCAUUGCAAGAAACUCUUAAAGUUGUAACCUCUCAAUAUUAUUAUUCAAUGUAAGGAUGAAACGUGAAAACUAAAAUAAUGACAUAACACUUCAUGUAAAGAAAAUGUAUGUAGCAAUUAAAAAAAGUGAUUUAGGCUCAGGGUGUAUGCCGUGCAAAUUUUUAAUUACUCCCUAAAUAAAUGUAAUUUUCUCUUGUCUAUAACCCUUUUGUAAUGACGAUAAAACGUAGUACCAUUUAUCAUAAUUAAUAAAAAUAUUAGCAUUUUUUUAUUGUAUUUGUACUCAUUUGGGAAUUUUAAAAAAAUGCUAAUAAUUUUCCCCAGCUAAAUUAGAAAACAUUAAACUUUUUUUUAUAUUUUAUAAAUUUGCAUCUUAGAAAUUGUGGUUUUUACUUGCAAAAAUGCGUUUUUUUAGGUAUUAAAAAUAAAAACAAAUACUUUUUUUUAUCAAUCUUAUUUAUAGGUAUAUCGAAAAAUUGCUUAUUAAUCAAAAUUUGUAACAGUUGUUAUUCUGGGAUUGGUAUGUAAAGACGGUGGGCGGGAUCCCGGCCGUCAGUAUACUGACAUGGGGCUCCCGACCACCGGUAUGCCGACUCGCUGCACUCACCAUGCUGCGGGCACGGUGGCUCGCUACGCUUGCCACAGGAGUUAUUCUCCCUCUAUGGGUGUCGUGGACACCCAUAUAGGGAGGAAAUCCUGUGGUGUUGCUAGUCGGGAUUCUGGCGUCCGCAUUGUGACGUCCGUGAUCCCGACUAGCGAUAUGGUGACCGCUUCCCAUUAUUCUUCAUUUAUACAACUGAGGACAAGAGCUCGGUAUAUUUGUUAGACCUUCACAAUAUUGAUAUGGUCGUAUGAUGUUAUGUUAUCACUGAUGUUUUGCACGUCGUCACUGAUGUUAAGUCAACAUUUUUAGAGUGUCAUCACACUGUUUUUCCUGUCAAUCUGUCCCUAAUUCUAACUGUAAUCCUAAUCCUAACCCUAACAGCAACCUACACCUAAUAGAAAGCAAGUUUGUAUCAUUGUAAUGGCAACCCUAAAGCUAACCCAAAUUGAAAACUUAACCCCAAACCACAAGGAUAUGUCGCCAUUAUGACAAUGUUGACCUUUCUGAUGUCAACAUUGGUCAAUGUCGAAAUUUUGCGAUUGUUGACAUUAAUGAUAUUGGGCCAGAUGCAUAAUCGCUUGGAAAGUGAUAAAAUGGAGAGAUAUAAAGUACCAGCCAAUCAGCUCCUAACUGACAUUUUUCAAACACAGCCUGUGACAUGGAAGUUAGGUCCUGAUUGGCUGGCACUUUUUCACUCUCCAUUUUAUCACUUUCUAAGCGAUGAUGCAUCUGGCCCUCUGACUUUUUAAUAGUGAUCAGAGACAUGAGGAGUGCAUAUUGAGGACAAAUCAUAUACCAUGUGUGUUGCAGGUCAUACUAAUGUGUUUCACUUCUUAAUUAAGGUUAAAGAAACAUAUAUACAGGUCCAGUAUAGCAAAUGCUACUAAAUUAAUGCUAGUGUUUCACCCCAAAGCAAAAUAAAAAUGUAUGUGAACGAGUAACAGAUGCAGUGUUCUUGUUAACUAAAAGCUCAGGUAUAAGUAAUUACUGUAAAUUAAAUAUAGUCUGUUGCAUGAAAUAUUACAAAGUACAGUUUUUCCAGGGAAAAGAUGUGUAUAUUUUUCUAAAAAUAUUUAGUAAAAAUAAAUGUAAUUUGGGAAAGCUGGAACAGAAUCCAACAGCAUUUUGUUUUGGAGGGGAUUUUAAGGUUAAAUUGUACAUCGCAUGUACAAACACCAUGACGGGUCAUGUUAGGACUUUUUCAAUCUCCUGAUCUGUUUUGUUUUGCCAAGGCAUAGAGUAUAUUUCCUGUUAACAAUACAGCUGUACAACGUAUACAUUGUUAGAAAAUGCUUGCCUGAUAUAAGAUGACAAAAAAUAUAAUCUGAUUCGUUUAUAAUUUAAAAGUCCGUCAACUUUCAAAAUAUUUUAAUGUAUGUAAAUUAAAAAAAAACAUGUAGAGCCAAACAACUUAUUUGCAUAUGAAGCAAUAGAGGCAGGCAACAUUAAGAUGUUUUGUGUAAAAUGUAUUUUUUAUUGUAGAUAAAUGAAGAAUGUACCUCUUCACAACUAAAAAAUGCUUUAGUCUCUUGCUUAAUUUUCGAGAUUAGUACUUUCAUACAGUAUAUACUGUACACACACAGUAAUGUGAAAGAGUUCCUUUCUAAUAACCCCUUUUAAUAAAUAAAAAAUAAGUAAUUAACAUUAUACAUAUUUGUAUCCAGUAUUGGAGCAUUUUUGCUUGGCUAGUCAGUUUCGAAGGUACUGUACACUGAACCAGACAUUUGCCAUUUUGUAUUUGUCAAAUGGGAAUAUUAGCAAUUGGAUGCCUUAUAAUAUGCCUGUUAUAGUUCCCCUAGCUUCUAUAAAAGUGUUACUACAUUACAUGUAGUUUACGAAUGCCAUUACAUUCAGUUUCUGACAUCUGGUAAUUUUCUCCCAAAGCAAUCCGGUAGGUGUUAUGGCCCACAUACAUUUGCAGUCGGGUCAUCAGGGAUAUUCAACAGGUUGAAAAAUCACGAUUCCCCAAAUUCUGACCUGAAACUAGCUGGGAUCGGCAAAUGGGGGAUUUUUAACAUGAAGAAUUUCCUAGGCGGGUUGCCGAUCAUCGAUUGGCCACCAAUCAGCAUUGUACAUCCGUGGCUGCGGUCAGAUCAGGAAUCAGCUGCCAGAUAUAUGGGGCCCUUAAGCCAUUUCUCAUGAUUUACAGGAUUCUAUAACAAGGAGUGUGACGGUGACCUAGCACCAUUGGGAGGCAUGGUCGAGCCAAACCAACUGAAAGUAGCUUAGGCAGGCACAGUGGUGGAGAGAUCAAAUGCCAUAAAACUAUGUCUAGCACAUGAAUUUCUUGGUAUUAGACACAUUUUGACAAAUACAUGCUUAGGUGACAGUGUAUUUGAAAUCAUUUGGAUGUAUAUUUGGUAAAAUACUAUAAAAAUGUUAAGUGGAUAUUGUAAAUACAUGGAAAAUGUAGUUAACUAACAGACGGAAUGUGGAAUGUUAGGCCUACCUUUCAAAGGAACAUUUAAUGCAUUUCAUUUUCGUUAGUGCAUUUUGUGAGUAAUAUACUGUACCAUGGAAACCCAUUUAAUAAACACAUAGGGGUAUAUUCAAUAAGUGUCGUAAGCUGCCGUCUUGUCGGAAAGACGUGCGCUUCCGACAGAUUUAGGUCGGAAGGGGUUCCGACCUUUUCAUUAGAGGCUGUUUUUUUCCAACAAGUCAGGAAUUUCCGACUUGUCGGAAAACACGUGGAUCGGCGGAAUAGCCGCGGAUCCAUAUGCUUUUGUCGGAAACAAGGCCCUGUUUCCAACAACCUCAAUCCGACUUUUAAAAAGUCGGAUUGAGGUGAGGAGACAGGGGGAGCGGGGCAAGGGAGCGAGAGAGUACUUACCGACGGGGGCAGCUGGAGCCGCAGAUUCACAAAGACACGGCUCCUCUCUGACGUCCCCCCGGCUAGGCACCCCUCUCCCGGCAGCGCUCCCCAGCCGGCACUGAAUGCGGCUGUGUGGAUGUCUCCAGCAGCUCCCUGUGAUCUCACACAUACGAGGAGCUGCUGACAGCAGCAGCAUAGACGGGAGGGAAUGGCCAAAUCCGACACCCUAUUGAAUAGGGCUUGUAGGAUCCAUUCCGACAAAUGCAUGUCGGAAUGCAUCCGACUCUUAUUGAAUAUACCCCAUAGUCUAGAAAGUAAUAUUACAUUAUGAAUGUUUUCGGGAUGGGAUAACGUGCAAAUGGAUAACAGAUCUGAGAAUAAUAGCCUAGGUUGACGGUAAAUUAAACAGCCAACAUUUUCUUUUUGCCAAAAAAAAAAAAUAUGCAUCAAUAUUGAUAGCAAAGAUUGUAUUCACAUGCUUUUGAUCUGAAUGUAAGCAAUAACCUCGCAGAGGGUAAUCUUCUAUUCUUUUAAGAAGACCCAGACUUAUCAAGCCUUGGAGAGUGAUAAAUUGCACAGUGAUGAAGUACCGACCAAUCAGCUCCUAGCAGUCACUUUUCAAACACAGCCUGUAGCAUGGCAGUUAGAAAACUGAUUGGCUGGUACUUUAUAACCAUGCAAUUUAUCACUCUCCAAGGCUUGAUAAAUCUGGGCCCAAGUAUGCAAAGCACAAACAGACUACACUUAUUUUUUGUUUUCACAUAGACUGCACUGGAAAGAUGAUGUUUUGUUAGCACUAGAAUGUUUCGGUGACGUGGAUGAGAUUGCCUAUUGCGUUGUACUGUAACAUUUUGUUGAUGUACACAUCUGGCUGCCUCAGGCAGUGUUACUAUGUAUUUUGGUUCAUAUCCCUGUUAUGGUAUGGAUUAAUAUUAAUGUAUCCAAUGAAGAAAUGUAAACUAUUAUUGUUGAUAGAAUGAAUAAAAACCUGUUUUUUUCA